AUGGCUUUACAUUUUUCCCGCCGACUCACGGCCACCUUCCGACAAACUUUUGCUGCACAGCCUUUACUCGCCAGCUUCGCGACUCUCGGAGGUCUUUCCGCCAUCUUCGCCUUCUAUCAACUUUCGUCCUUCGUAGCGACCCAUUUUCUGCAUCGAAGUCGACUACGCAACUACUUGUCAGAUGAUGAUCCUGCCUGGGCUCUAAUCACAGGUUCUUCUGAUGGCUUGGGGAGAGCUUUCGCAGAAGAGUUGUUGUCUCACGGUUUCAACGUCGUUCUUCAUGGAAGAAACGCUGCGAAGUUGGAGCGCAUCAAAAACGAGCUCCUGUUACAGUGGCCUCAACGCAACAUCGACUUCAUCGUGCUCGACGCCAUGCUUGAUGUCGAUGAUCCUCAAAAGAUGGGAUGCGCCAUACAGCGAUUACGCGAUCACAACAUCAAGAUCUUGAUCAACAACGUUGCUGGUGAACUUGACCCUUUACUACUUGCUCACAUUGAAAGCUCGGCAGAACGGGAUCGAAAGAUCAUCAACGGCAACUUCAUGUUCGCUACAGAGCUGACUAGACUCGUGCUUCCCCAGCUGAUUGACAACAAGCCCUCCCUGAUCAUGAAUAUCGGCUCCGGAUCUGCGAAGCUCCCAUGUCCCUACUUUGCCAUGGGAGCGGCAUCGAAGACCUUUCUACAGAGUUUCUCUCAUGCGCUGUCAGUCGAGCUCAAAGCCGAAGGACACCCUCAAGUCGAAGUCCUUUACAAUCUGGUGGGCAUGUGUUCCACUACCAGCGAGCCACGGCCUGUCACUUUCUGGGUCCCAAGCUCUAGACGCUUCGCAAAGACUAGCCUGAGCCUAGGGGGCCGCGAUCGCGGCAGCGUUUGGGGAUACUGGCCACACGCGCUUCAAUUUGAGCCUUUGCUAAUGCUGCCCAGAACCAUCGUCGAAAGGUUGUGCAUAGCGCUUGUGAAAGGCAUGAAGCUGGAGUACGACAACAGAGCUAAGGCGUGA